GUAUUAUAAGUCCAUUUUUUAUUCAUUGUCAGUCACAAGUUGCAUGUACUUGGCCCUACCCUCAGUUAGUCAUCAUUUUGGUUUCUUCAACCACCACCACUGUCAAUGCGUCCCCCCACACCCCCCUCUAAGAGGUAAAGUCAGUUGUCCAAAAAUGGACGACGUACGUAGUUACUGUAUAGUGUACAUAAAACCUACCUGCCACCGUGCUAGAUUAUCUUCGGCAUGAUCUAUUACGCUCUUGUCGUCUCAGCUGUGCUAUUAAGUUUGCCGCGACUGUGCGGAAUGAUUUCCAUUUCUCUGGCGACUCGGUUAUGUGCAGAAUCAGGUUCUCUGGCGUCGCGUUUACUCCAUGUGCAACGUUAAGGAAGACUCGUUCCUCCUGGAUUUUCGGCAUGCAAAAAGAACAUGUUCUGCAUCUUCUACUCUGUUUUGGCCGCAGGUUUCACAAUGUUCGGCAUCAUCUAAUUUGAAGCGGAAGAAGUACGCUUUAAAGCAGCCGUGCCCACUUAGAAGUUGCGUGACAUUAAAGUCUACUUCCCCAUGUUUUCUUGCCAGCCAGCUUUCUAUAUGUGGUAUAAGCCUGUGCGUCCAGCGACCGCUGUUCGAGUGAUCCCAUCGGUGUUGCCACUGCUCCAUUGUGCUGCUGAUUGAAAUGGACGUUUCUUGGACCAACAGAUUGAUAGGAUGUAGGCCUGAGAUGACCAGCGCUGCAUCUUCCGACACCGUACGGAACGCCGAGCAGACUCUUAGUAGAUCGUAUACCCUUGAUGUACAGCGGCGUGUCGCAUGCAGUUGCCCAAACCUCCGACCCGUAGAGAAUAACGGACUUGAGAACACCCAGCUAGCAACUUCCCAACGUUAUGUCUUGGACCUCUUGUGUUGAGCAUAAGUCCUGAGAGUGCUCCUUGGGUGGACGCUGCCUUUUCGCAAACGUAGUCCAAGUGAUCCUUAAAUUUCAGCCUCGAGUCGAACUUGAUGCCUAGGUACUAGAGUGAGGGUUUCGACUGCACAGUGAAUUCUUUAACUCUUAUUUCUGCCUGCUCUCUGAUUUUUCGUUUGCUUAUUAGAAGAAGCUCUGUUUUCUUCUCAACGAUGGCAGCAACGGUUACUUCCGCACAUCGUUCUACCUCGGAUAAAUGUUUGGCGACAACUACUACGGCAACGUCGUCUGUGCGAACCCGAUUAUCUUCGCUUCCGCGGGAACAUGCAAGCGCAGGACGCCAUCAUACAUGACAAGGAGUGGUCGCAGUAUCGAACCCUGAGGGACACCGACAUACAUAUGCUUGAGCGUUGUACCCGCUGUAUUUCGAGAGAACAAUGUUGCCACCAUCGAUAAAAUGGAUUGCGUAAGUGGAAUAGAAACCAAAGUUGAGCUUCGAAAGCACAAAGAAACUAACAAAUCCGAAGUCAAAUCGUCUAAAAAUACUCACAAUUGCGAGGCCAUCAGCAGCACCAAUGCUCCCGCCAACAGGUUUGACCUCUCAGGUCGCACCAAGAACUAUUUCACUGGUGAAGAAAAUACAAUCAUUAACAUCGACUUUUCGGACGAUCAAAUGAGUGUUGGCAGUAUACCCUCAUCCAACUCGCCCCCUUUAAGCCUAAAUGGUAUGCUGGAGACCAAUCUAAUGCAUUUUCCAACAGGUGGAGACAAUGUGGAUAAUGCGACGAACAGUGAUGCUUUAGAUGACAUUGAUUACAGUGAUGGCCACUUCGAAGAUAGUAAUAGAGACGCGACAAAUAAGGAUUCCUCUUUGUGAGAUUUACUAAAGCACCAUUCACGCGUAGGAGCAACAGUUUUGAGUGGUAGUUCAUAUCUGAACAAGAUUUACAGAAAUAUUUUCAACAAUUCUACAUCGAAAUAGACAAGUUGAACAGUUUUGAUGAAUGGUCCUCUUGCAUAAGAGGCGAGAGAGACACUGUUUUCCGAGUAAUAUUGCUCAACUUGAUUUGAUCUUAAGCCUGCCUAUCAGGAUUAAUGGCCAUACAACUUUUGAAUGAGAAUUGCAGUUGCCUUAUUUUUCAAGGCUUUUGCUGAUAUACAUACAUACAUAUCGUCGUUUAAAGUACAAAACCGCGUAUCAUCAAAAUGCAAAACCGCGUAU